CUUGCCCGACGUGGUGUGCGGACCGGCUCGACACCUGCUUGCGAAGGAACUAUAAACAACGCCCGAUUUAGCGUUACUGUACUUAAGCAGCUGCAGGAAGCCACCUUCCGGCUAAGGAGCUAAAGCCAAUGAGAACACACGCAAAGAAAUGGUGCAGCGUCGCUGACGACUGGGGAGUAAACGGCAUCUUCAGGACGACCGCUUCAGGAUGGCCCUCUCUCGGCCCGGUGUCCAGCGGGAAGGCGCCUGCAGGGGGGCCGAAAGAGGCCGACACGUGGAGGUCCACGUGGCCGCAGUUUCUGGCAGCGGCCGUAGUGAACCUGAACUCAUUCGCCGUGGGGACGCACUUCGCGUGGACGGCGAUGGCGCUGCCGCAGCUGAUGUCUGCAGAGAGCGGCCUCCGCGCCCAGCCGCUGACGGCGGACCAGGCAUCAUGGGUGGCGUCGCUGCUGACGCUCGGCGGUCUCUGUGUGCUGCCCCUGUUUGCCGCACUCAGCUCGCACGUCGACCGCAAGACACUCGGAUACCUCGCCGCGCCGCUACAGCUUGCGGCGUGCGUCGUUCUCAUUUCGUCCACCGAGGUCGCAGCUCUCUAUACCGCUAGGUUUCUGGCGAGCGUGCACGGCACGUGCGCAGUACUGUUGGUGACGCUUUACGUGGGCGAGACUGCGAGCGACGGGGCGCGCGGCGCGCUCGGCUGCGUGCUGUCGCUACUCUGCAACUGCGGCAUACUUUGCGGCUACGUGCUGGGUGCCUGCCUGUCCUACCGCGCCGUCCUCUACGCCAACAUGGCGCCGCUCCUCCUGUACGUCAUCUGCUUCCCCUUCGUGCCUGAAACGCCGUACAGGCUGGCCAGCACCGGCCGCCAUCAGGACGCCAGAAAGGCGCUGCGGUGGCUCCGUCGCGGCAUCUCCGACGAGGAGGUGGAGCGCCAGAUGGCGUGCAUCCAGACCUCGCUGGAGACAGGCGGCUCCAACCAGGGCGGCGGCGACCGCCGGCCACUGUGCGAACUCCUGCGUUGCCGGGCCACACUCGUGGCCGUCGCCAUCGUCCUGCUGCUGUUCCUCAACCAGCAGUUCUGCGGCACCCUCUGCGUCAACAGCUACGCAGUCUUCAUCUUCGACGAAGCUGGCGGCUCCCUGUCACCUGAGGUCGCAACCAUCAUCCUAGGCGUACUGCAGGUGGUUGGCGGCUUGCUGUCGGCGCCGCUGGUGGACCGCAUGGGUCGUCGCCCGACGCUGUUCCUCUCCAAUGCGGCCGUCGGCGCCUCAGUGGCGGUCAUGGGCGUGUACCUGUACCUCAAGGCGGAGACCCAGGCGGACCUGUCGAGCAUCGGCUGGCUGCCCGUCUCGUGCCUCUCAGUCUACGUGGUGAUGGUGGCCUUUGGACUGGCCGCACUGCCGUACGUCGUGAUUGCCGAGAUUGUGCCUCCGAGAAUUAGAGGCUUAAUUGCCACCUGCGGCUACUUCGUCAUCUGCUUCACUGGUGGCACCAUGGCCAAGCUGUACCCACUCAUGUCGGAAAGCAUGGGGACCUACGGUACCUUCUGGUUCUUCGCUGCCGUGUGCGCCCUCUCCACCCUUAUUGCGUGGUUCGUAUUGCCAGAAACAAAGGGUCGUCCCAUCGAGGACAUCCUCAGGGAGCUCAACGGUGGCAAGGAUGUCUAUAUCAGCAGUACUUAGUGAUCUACCGACCUCGCAAAUUGCUCCUUUUGCCCAUUACACUGUGUAACAUCAUAGAUCAGGCUCGUCUAAACUGUGCCCCUGGGGCGCUAACGCGCGGCCAACGCCCCGGGCGAAUUCGUAUGUUGCUGCAGUGGCCGAGCCAUGCCGCUUAACUGGCCGUGUGGACUGUCCGAACGCCAGCCGAUAGAUAUAUUUGUUCGCCCGUUUUCCCUUCGGGCAGACGACGUCUCACAAGUGCUUCAACUAGAGCUGAUUGUCCUACAGUGCCAUAUCCGCCUGAAGGACCGCUUUAUUAUGUGUAAAACUUUGGAUGACUUUUACAGCUGUCUUCCACAAGAGAAAUAUCCUCUUUCGCACAAGCACGCGGCCAAAGUUCUCAAUGUUUGGUUCCACGUAUAUUUGUGGGCGCUUUUUCGCUUUUUUAAAGCUUACUAAAACUAAGAACUUUUCAUUCCUUGGCGAUAAAAAUUUGACCAAUUCUUUGAAGUUAGCAGUCUCACGGAAUAUUGUACCAAGCCUAGACAAAAUCGUUUCCUCGAAAAAGAAAAACGUAUAAAAUGUUAAUUCUCUUCUUUAACAAUGUUGACUGUAAGAAUUAAAGAGCUUUAUAACCUCAAUUCUAUUUUAAUAAGUUUUCAAACUUGGUCAGUUAAAAUUAUUACGUACAAAACAGCAAACUAAUGAUCCGAUUUCUAAACUCUGAAAAGGGAUACAAAAAAUUGUAGCACGAAGUAUAACAAAAAAUACUUACUUGUAACUACUAACGGUAAGAAUGAGACUCUACAUCCCUUACAUAAAAUUAAUUCUAAAAUAGAAUAUUUUGUUUACGUUUGAUCUGACCGCGGGACAGUCCAGCGCAGAGCAGUGCUGUGUGGUCUCACUUGCUCUGCAGCCUUCUCUCUCUCUCUCUCUCUCUCUCUCUCUCUCGCUCCUAUGGCGACACUAGCGACACACGGUCGCGGACGGGGCGCUGAACUACACUGACUUGCGCUCGCGGGGCGCAGGCGCGCCCGCCGGGCGCAAUUCUUGGAUGAGCCUAGUCAUAGAUUAAGGGUCGACCUGCGACAGCAAUCGCACUAACUUGCGUACGGGCCGCUAGACACCGCCGCGAGCGCUAAGAGUGCACUGCGAUCGCAGGCGCGCGUGUUGCGUAGGGAAGGCGAGGUGCCGCCACGAGCGCAACCGCAUAUAAGUGCCGAUGGAGUUCGGCCAGGUCUCAUUUUGUUGGCAUCUAAUUUUUCCUAUUCUCUUAUUUGAUUAGU